AUGCGCCAAUUUCCGUACAAUUCCAUCGUCCUCGGGCCGCUGCUGCUGCUGCUGCUGCUGGCAUUCCUGUUCGCGUCGCCGAGCCUGGCGGUGUCGAAAUCGCGCGGCAAAAAGAAAGUGCAAAAGGAGGAGCCCGUGGACAUCUGCGACAUCGACAAGUCCCCGGGGGAAGCGCCGAUCUUCUGCUACUGCAACGACGCCAACAGAUCGCAGAAUGCCACCGAGGCCAAUUGUUGGGUAUUAAGCAAGUUCGAGCCCACCGAUCCCACGUGGAGUUACUUCACGUCGCAGAGCCACCUCGAAAAACUGACGUUCACGGUGCGUCAGAUCAACAGCCUCGACUUUGUGCCCACCGACUUGCUCCGCCGGAUGAAAAAUUUGCGCGUGAUCGGAUUCCAGUAUGCCAGGCUUCUCGAGAUCUUCGAGCGCACCUUUAGCAACUUCAGCGAUAUAACCGACAUCAAUCUCAGCCGCAAUACGAUCGGCGUUCUUCACAAGCACGCCUUCGAGAACAUGCGCAGUCUCACUGUCAUCAAUCUCGACGAUAAUCGCAUUUCCGAGAUUAACAGAGACACGUUCGUCAGUCUGCCGAGUUUGCGCAAGCUGUACCUGAAUCGCAACAACAUCAGCACCGUCCACGACAAGGCGUUCAAACUGCUCGGCUCGCUGCAGGAACUCGAGCUGAGCGGCAACCAGAUCACCGUCAUCACCCGCGACAGUUUCCACGGUCUGCACAAUUUACUGCGUUUGGAUCUACGCGGCAAUCAAAUCACCAUGCUCGGCGAUCGUAGCUUCGUCGAGAUGCCGGAGCUGGCCGAGCUCCAGCUCGAUCAAAAUCAGAUCAAGUAUAUAUCCGACAGAGCGUUCGACGGCAUGGGCAACCUCCGGAAGUUGCAGCUCAGCGAAAAUCAGCUGGUGUCGCUGCAGCCGCAUUUCUUGGCUGGCGCGUCCAAAAUUUACUUCCUAGACCUGAGAAUGAACGCGCUGAAGACCGUGACCUUCGACAACGUUAAACCGAUCGUGAGGAAUUUGUACGACAGCAACGGCUACUUGUACCUGUCAAGGAACAAUCUGAUCUGCGACUGCAAGCUCGCGUGGAUCUGGGGCCUGCGGAACGAGACGAAGAACCCGAAACUACAGGGUGCCCUGGAGGAGCUGACUUGCUUCCUUGAGAGCAAUAAUGCAUCGCAGAAGAUCAACAGCGAAGACCCAGGGAGAAAUCAGCCACACGAGAUGCGCGAGGAAUAUUACGACGACAAUUCAAGGGAUGACGAUAAUAACGAAGACGACGUUGAUGAUAACAACGGUGAUUAUUAUGACGAUUCUGACGAUGAGAAUUCGUUGUCAAAUUCUCACAGCAAGACCGACUACGAUAGGAGAUGCUGUAGGAAGCAUCUUUUUGAUUUGAAGCCAGACGAUCUGCCAUGCCCGGAGCUUUCGCGCGAGGAUUUGAUGGCAUCUGAACAGCCAUCCAGCCGCCAUGAAAACGCCCGCGUGGGCUCUUCCGGGUCCAGCUGGUUUAGCUCUGGCACGACCUCGGUCCAGGCCGGUCAGUCCGUCCUCCUUGCUUCAUUUCUGUUGCUAUCUAUACCUUUUUUCACGUAGAAGCGGUUAAAUGUUCGAAAAUAAAGCGAUAUAAACGCCAUCGGCGUCCCGAUAUUGCUCGAGUGAACGAAUGGAAAAUCGUACACAUAAACGGAAACGGGACGUGAAAGUGUAUGUUUAUGCGUGUGUGUGUGUGUGUGUG